CCGCCCACAGUUAAGAUGGCGGCGGCAGGCCAUAUGCGGGGGCUGCUCCGGGUCCCUCCGGGUUGGCGCUGCGGCUCCUGCCGGGCUCGCUCCUCCGCCGCCGCCUGUCCCCCGGCCGGGCAGGUCCGCCAGGCCUUUCUCCGCUUUUUCCAGGAGCAGCACGGACACCGGCUGGUGCCCUCGGCCCCGGUGCGGCCCCGCGGGGACCCUGGGCUCCUCUUCGUCAACGCGGGCAUGAACCAGUUCAAGCCCAUUUUGCUGGGCACAGCACAUCCCCGAAGUGAACUGGCACAGUACCAGCGUGUGGUGAACAGCCAGAAAUGUGUUCGCGCUGGUGGGAAGCACAAUGAUUUGGAUGAUGUGGGCCGAGAUGUUUACCACCACACCUUCUUUGAGAUGCUGGGGAACUGGUCCUUUGGGGAUUACUUCAAAGAGGAGGCAUGUGGCAUGGCAUGGGAGCUCCUAACACAGAUCUAUGAGAUCCCAAAAGACCAUCUCUACAUCACCUAUUUUGGAGGAGAUGCCUCACUGGGUUUGAGCCCAGAUGAGGAAACCAGGGACAUAUGGCUCAGCCUGGGGGUGCCUCCCAGUCACGUGCUUCCUUUCCCACUGAGGGAAAACUUCUGGGAGAUGGGUGAGACGGGCCCUUGCGGCCCCUGCACCGAGAUCCACUACGACCAUGUGGGUGGCAGCAGGCACGCGGCAGGACUGGUGAACCAGGACAGCCCUGAUGUGGUGGAGAUCUGGAACCUGGUCUUCAUGCAAUACAGCAGAGAGACUGAUGGGAGUCUGCGUCCAUUGCCCCAGCACCACGUGGACACGGGGAUGGGCCUAGAAAGGCUGGUGACGGUUCUGCAGAGCAAACGCUCCAACUACGACACAGACCUCUUCACCCCCAUCCUGGAUGCCAUCCAUAAGGGCUGCGGGGGGCCUGGGUACCAGGGCCUGGUGGGGGCGGCCGAUGUCGGGUCCGUGAACAUGGCCUACCGUGUGGUGGCGGAUCACGUGCGCACCCUGUCCGUGUGCAUUGCCGACGGCGUGUAUCCCGGCAUGUCCGGGGCCGAGCUGGUGCUGCGCCGCAUCCUGCGCAGGGCUGUCCGGUUUUGCUUUGAAGUUCUCCACGCUCCGCCUGGGUUCCUGGCCAGCUUGGUUCCUGCCGUGGUGGAGGUUCUGCAUUUGCUGGAGUUGCCACAGAGAUGUCAUGGAACAGCGAAUGGGAGGAGAGGUGGAAUCCAUGCAACAUCAAAGGGCUGGAGAGGUGGCUGUGAAACGGGAGAUACCUAUCCGGAGCUGAGGAAGAAUACAAAUCAGAUUAUGAAUAUUAUCAAUGACAAUGAGGCUGCAUUUCUCUCUUCCCUCCUGCGGGGGCGGCGUAUCAUUGACAGGACUCUGCAGCAGAUGGGUCCCUCCAAGCUCUUCCCAGUGGAGGUGGCCUGGUCUCUGUAUGGAAAUUUGGGGUUCCCCCUAGAUUUGAUUGGCUUGAUGAUUGAAGAAAAGGGGAUCCAAUUGGACUGGGCAGCUUUGGACCAGCUAGCCCAGGAAGAUGCUAAGCGGAAAGCUCGGACCCACCAGGCAGAACAACUGGAAGGCUCCGGCGUGCGAUUGGAUGUGCAUUCGCUGGCUCAGCUGCAGAGGGACGGUGUGCCUACUACUGAUGACUCACCAAAAUACGCCUACACGCUCGGGCAGAACGGGAGAUAUGCAUUUAGCCCGUGCCAGGCCACCAUCUUGAUGCUAUACAAAGAUCAGUCUCUUCAGAAGGAGGUUGGAGCAGGCCAGCGCUGCGGAGUCCUCCUGGACAGGACCAGCUUCUAUGCAGAACAGGGAGGGCAGGCACAUGAUCGGGGCUACCUGGUGCUCCUGGGACAACAGGACGUACUCUUCCCGGUGGAGUCAGUUCAGUUCUCCGGUGGCUACGUGAUCCAUGAGGUCACAGCCCCCGAGACCCUGCAGGCUGGGGAUCAAGUGCUACUCUUUGUGGAUGAGGCUCAGCGGCUGGCCUGCAUGGUGAACCACACCGCCACCCAUCUGCUGAGCUUUGCGCUCCGCCGUGUCCUAGGAGACCAGACAGAACAGCGAGGGUCCCACGUGACUGCUGAGCAGCUGCGAUUCGACUUCAGUACCCAGGCCCCAGUGACCACGCAGCAGCUGCAGGAAGUAGAAGGUGUGAUCCAGGAAGUGGUUGACCAGAAUGAAAUUGUCUAUAUGGCGGAAGUCCCCCUGGCUCUGGCAAGUGGCAUUCAGGGACUCCGGACCAUGGAUGAGGUGUAUCCAGAUCCGGUGAGGGUGGUAUCCGUGGGGGUCCCCAUAGAAAGUGCACUGAUGCCCAACUCUCAGGCUGCGAUGCAGACUUCUGUGGAGCUGUGCUGUGGGACGCACUUACUGCAGACAGGAGCUGUGCAGGAUCUGACCAUCACCUCCGAGCGUCAGCUGGUUAAAGGGAUCAGUCGCAUCAUCGCAGUGACCAGGGAGCAAGCCAAGCUGGCCCGGGAAGUAGGCCAGUCCUUGGCUAAAGAAGUGGACUCGCUCUCUGCACGGGUGAAACAGGGAAGCUCUUCCCUUCCUGAGGUGCAGAGCCUCUCCAAGGAGGUGGGCCACCUGACUGAAGAGGUGGGCAACACUGUGAUGCCUCAGUGGCAGAGAAGGGAACUGCAGGCCAUUCUAAAAGCCCUGCAGAGAGCAGCAAACACAGCAAUUCGAAAACUAGAAAUCAGACAGGCUGCAGAGAAGGCACAAGGCCUGCUGGAGAAGCAUUCCAAGCAGCCAGUCAUCAUCGAUACCAUCUCGUCCGACUCUCUCUCAAUCCUCAUGAAGGUGGUGAACCAGCUUUGUGACAAGUCUCCUGGGGCUUCAGUGUUGCUGCUCAGCCCGCAGGCGUCCGGCGAGGUGCUCUGUGCCUGUCAGGUGUCCAAGAGUGCCCUGCCCACGUUUUCCGCAGCGGACUGGGCCCUGGCUGUCUGUACUCACAUGGGAGGCAACGCAGGGGGCUCUGGCAUUGUUGCCAAGGGUACUGGGAACACUAAGGACCUUCAGGGGGCCCUGACUGCUGCACUGGAGUUUGCCCGGAGUAGACUGUGAAGUAAGGAUGAUUCCUUGUUUUGUGGGGUCAGCUGGAGCCAGCAGAGCUGCCAGCCUCCAUCUCCAGGAUGUUGCCACAGAGCUCUCCCUUUGCUGCAUCACAUUUCAGCCUCUGACCAGCUCUGUGUCUUGGGUGGCUUAGCAGCUCCCAUUGCUGAACGCUGCUGCCAAGCACUGUGGAUCAGGGAUAUCUGGCUUCCUGCCACCAGGAGUCAACACAGGAAUAGGGGCCAGAGUCGGCCGACCAUCCUGCCCCAUAGGACUGACUGGAGGAAGCAGCUGACUCUGCUUCUCGCCGUCUAGCCUGGAUUCAUGGAGAUUGUCACAGAAGGAGCCAGUAUUUCUCCGGCUUGCAGGGAGGUUGUGGCUGCUAGAGGGGUGAUCCUGUGCCAUGGCUGGGAGAGAUUUACCGCCAUGUGAGCCACACUCACAAGGAAGCUCUGUAGGGGAGAAGGGGAACUGUGCAGUGGUAUCCUGAAGCUAAUAAAGAACUGAGAUUGGCUGAGCUGCUGACACUUUUUUUUCUGAUUAGCUGCAGUUUUCUUUCUGGCCCAGUGCAGCAAGGCCUCAUGGGAGUUCUGUCCCUGCAAACCAUACCCUCAGGAGCUGCUUUAACUCUUCUCCUAGCAGUGCUGUUCACCUUCAAAGUGCGGGUCAAGGACACGCUCCACCAGGGCCAGUAGCGUAAUAGCAUCGUCCCCAUCUUACAGAGAGGAGAGCCAAGCAGCACAGAAACUAGACUGGGAAAGUCCUCUAGCUCACUGUAUCUGCCCAGCCGGUGCAGGGUAGCUUCUGCAGUGUCUAGGGCUGGGUCCAGUUCCAGGUGAUGGGGUUUGCAGCCCUUUCCCAGGGGAGCUCAUCCUGCAGCCCCAGAGAUAUCAGUGUUAGGAUUGUGUUCUGGCUAUUCAGCCUGUUUGCUUUGUGUGCAUCCAAUUAAACCUCUUCUUUCCCACUCCA